AGCUGGUUUGUUUAUCAACUGUAUGAGUUGCUGUUUCAUUUAGUUUAUAUUUUUAGCCGGGAUGGCGUGAAUGUGUGUGGGAGCAAAAGCCAUGAAAAACGAUAAACAAUGAACUUUUGUAAAUUUUGUGUAUUAGUAUCAAUACCAAUUGGCGCAUAUUGUUGUGUAUAAAUUUAUUAUUGUGGAAAAUUGUUAAAUCCGUGUUAAAAGUUUUGUGUAAAGCAAGCAACAAAAAUGCUCGACCUCUUGAACGAUGAUUGCCUGAGCGAGAUAUUUCAAUAUCUAAAUGUCAAAGAGCAGCUGAUUGUGACAGCUGUCAGUGAACGUUUUUGCGAUAUAAUUGUUGAAAACUUCUGGCGCGUAAAAUACAGCAAAUUCACCACAAAAGAUGAUGCCAGUUGCAAUGAACUCAACUUGGCGGAUUUUCAAAUAUUCUAUGGCUACAUUGCACCACAUAUACAAGAGUUAACGGUGCAUAGUACCGCAAAUAUAGCAUUCACCAGCUAUUUAGGACGUUACACGAAAAGGCCAGAUCUUGCGUUCUACUUUCACUUUGAAUAUCCCGCCUUACGUGUGCUACGUUGCUAUGACUCACAAUUUCACGGUGGCUAUUUAACGAGAUUACAGCGAAAAUGUCCCCAUUUGGAGAUACUACACCUGCACAGUUCAUAUGUGUCCGGUGAAUAUUUGGCCGAAUUGCCCAAUUUACGUGAACUCUAUGUGUGUAGCAAUACGUUGGAAGCAAAGUGGUUUGACGCAAUCUUUACGAAACGUAAGCUCUUACGUAUACACAUAAUGGGCGAAACGUGUGUUAAACGUGAUAUGGAUGUCGUGUUGAAGAAUAUCUUUCCACAAAUAACUGAGCUGCGUUACUAUGAUGAUGAAGCGCAUAUAGCGACGCAGGAUCUCUUUCUGAAUUCAGCACAAGCGCUACGAAAUUUAGCGAAAUUAUUUUGUAGAAACCUCAAAGAUUACGUAUACUCAUUGCACACUUUGAGAGAGUUAUAUUUUGAAAGCCACUUGCGGGUCGAUGAUUUAUUUAUGCUUAUCAAUAAUAAUGUACACUUGGAACAUCUCUAUAUGGGCACGAACUUCAAUAGCUUGCUGCCGAACGCACGCGAUUGGUUAUGUGAGCUAACGGAACGUUUACGCGAGCAACAGGAUCGUAAAUGCGUGCUGAACAUACACCUUGACUUGCCGCUACGAGUCGUACAGCAGGUGCGUCAAUUGUUGGAGGAUUACAAUUUUCAAUGUGGUUAUAUGAAAUCUGUCAUAAUAAUAAGUAAGCAACCCGUCGAUACAUCAAAGACGCCGUUUCUAAUAAGCAAGACCGGCAUUGAAUUUGCUCUCAAAUGGAGUUGAUGUGUAUAAAAUUUACAAGCCGCAGCAACCUUAAUCCCGAAAAAUAUGUAUCGCGUACUGUACAGAAAUUUUGCCAUUUUUUAUUACUUAAAUUAUUUUAAUAUGUAAAUUUUUUGCCUUC